UGCAAUGACGAUUGUCUUGAUUACGAUUUAAAUGUAAUUCUGGCUAUCCGCUAAAAAAAAUCACCCUUAACUUAACCAAAACCUAAUUAAUUUAUAUGAAUUGCGUCUAGGCAGAGGCUAUUAACUGCCGUAAUUCUGAGAGUAUUUGUAAAAAGAUUGCCUCUGCCUUGGGUGAAAUUAAAAGAAUAAGGCAUCCGGUUCCUUUUGAUGUUCCUAUUGAUUUGCAUAACAGCUUAGUCCAGCCACCCUUUGUUUUAGCGCUUUUUGGGACAACUAUGGUAUCGGUCUCCAUCUGAAAAGCUGCAGAAGCUCCAAAACCGGCGCACAGUGCGCGAGCAAUGAAGUCGAUAUUGGUAAGCUGUUCCAGGCACUCGGCAGGCGAAAACUUAGUCAUCAAAGUGUAGCAGCCAUCUUUGUUAUAAUGCUCAAAACUUUACAUGGAUUUACUCCUAAAUAG